UACAAAAAUUUGUGUUAUCUAUGUUUGAUGACACUUUAAGUCAAGAAAUCUGUCAAAUCAGAAAUAUUUACGUCAGCCACGUUGGAAGUGCCAACUCGGUGUUUUUAUGUGAAAGAGUGGCUUAAAAAUGAAGAUCAAAGAGUUAAAACGGACGGUGAACGUGAGCUGGUCGCCAGCGGAGCAGUAUCCGAUAAUGCUGGCGGCCGGCACCGCCGCGCAGCAAGUCGAUGCAUCGUUCAGUUCCAGUUCCUGCUUGGAAUUAUAUUCUCUGAACUUGGAGGAGCCCGGAAUGGAUUUAGAACUCAAAUCCAGUCUGCAGACACAACAUAAAUUCCAAAAGCUGGUGUGGUCAGGGGCAGGAGUGGUGGUGGGAGGCUGUGACGGAGGCUUGCUGCAGUUCUACAAUGCUGAGAAGCUCUUGGCUAGUUCCACAGAGGCACUAGUUGGAAGUAGCUCAAAACACAGUGGCCAUGUGUCAGCACUGGACAUCAAUCCCUACCAGAAGAAUUUGCUAGCUUCCGGUGCAUCAGAGAGUGAGAUCUUCAUUUGGGAUCUGAACAACACAAGCCAGCCGAUGUCCCCCGGCAACAGAAAUCAGCCAUACGACCAUGUGCAGGGGCUCGCUUGGAACCAACAGGUACAACACAUUCUAGGUUCAACAUUUGCUAACCGCUGUGUUGUUUGGGAUCUCAGGAAGAACGAGCCCAUCAUGAAACUUAGCGACGCGCAGUCUCGCACGCGCUGGCGCUCGCUGGCGUGGCACCCCCCAAAGCAAGAGGUGGCGGCGCAGGCGCCUAUCACGCACCCGCUGUUCGGCGCGGAGCCCCCGCAGCACGUGCCGCUGCACCCGCAGGCCUUCGCCCCCACGCCCGCCGCCGCCGCCGCCCCCGCCCCCGCGCCCGGCUACUACCCCGACCAGCACUAUCAGCAGCAGUACGCGCCGCCUGUCUACAAUCAGCAGGAGGCGGCGCCCCCGCCCGCCGCGCCGCUGCAGAAGGCGCCGCUGCCGGAGCAGUACGCGGAGCUGCAGGCGGUGUUCGACUCGCUGCGGGCCGACUGCGCGCAGCGAGCACCCAGCACGCAAAUGAAGAGGAAGCUGGACGACGUGCAGCGGAGGCUGGAGACGCUGUACGACCUGCUGCGGGAGUACAGACUGUCGGAGGGCGCGGUGGGCAUGCUGCGGCAGUGCGCGCAGCACGCGCGCGGCGGCGAGUUCCCGCAGGCGCUGCAGUGCGCCACCGCGCUGGCGUCGGGCGCGGACUUCGCCGCCGCCGCCGCCUUCCUGCCCGGCCUCAAGCUGCUGCUGCAGCUCGCGCCGCAGCUGCUGCCCCACCAGCACCAGCAGCUUCAGCAGCGGUAGACUGACAGCGACACCGAUAUCAUUCAGAUAUGAUUCAAUCCAAUGGGAGUUUCCCGUUGGACCAUUGGACUAUUGGACCAUUUACGAAUUGUUCUGAUUAAUUGUAUGAAUUCGAUCGACUACUUGAGGAAAAACCCAUCGCGUCGAUCGAUCGGUAUGUCGAACGGCCCAACGGGAAACAUCCAAUCUAAUCGUUUCAUUUCCUAGAUAGCAUAAAUGUAUAAUAGUUAAUGUCUCCUCUAUAAUUAUGUAUUAGUUUUAAUUUCCUUUUUAACAAAUGUUAUAAUCGUUUUAAAAUUUAUUUAAUGUUACUUAUUUUGUGCCAAUCUGUAUCUGUCUUUGUCUAUCUCAAAUGAUUUAUUAUUUGCAUUCCUUUGACGUAACAAAAUUGUAAAACCUCUUCUCACAAUAAUUUUAAUAUUUACUUUAAAUUAUGUUUAUACAUCAAACGUAACUUUAAUUAUUGUAAGGCUGUGGAAUAAUUUUGGAUUACAAUUGGCAGUUUUUAAUUAAUUUUGAAACAUGAUUGAUUACUAUAAAUUAAAAGUGCUCGUAAUUUUUUUUUAAAAUAUACGUUUUGAUGAUUUUAUUAAAAUGACUUGUAAUGAGAUUUAUUUGAAUUUAAACUCUAGUUCAUUAUUAUGAACUAUCAGUUUAAAGUUAACAGAACGACUUGAGAUCGCUUAAAUAUUAUUCUGCGUGUAACUGAUAAAUGUAAUUAAUAUAUUAAAUG